CAGGCAUUCAGCAUCCGGGUUUCAGGACGUAGGGUUCGAGGUUCCAGCUCCCUCCCUUCCGCUGUUCACUCACCGGCGCUGCCUCUCUCUCUCUCUCUCCAUACCAACGUCCGUACCAACUUAGGGUUUCAAUACAGAAUAGGCGUUCUUUGCGUCAAUGGGUAGUAAGAAAAGAGGUUCUAAUGCUGCUCAGGAAGCGGAGGAUCAAUUCGAUGCCGCCAAUGAUCAAGGUAUUACCGAACAUACUAAGAAAAGAAUGAAGAAAGAGAAUGAAGAAGAUGGGGUUGCUUCCCCUUCUAUUUCCAAAUCCAUGAAGCCCAUGGAGAGAAGGAAGAAGAGGAAAGCAUUUGACAAAGAGAGACGCCGGGUUGCGCUUGAAAACUUGGAAUCAAUACCUCGACAGGAUGGUCUGAUUGGGAAAUCAGAUGAAUCAAUGGCGCCUGCGGGGACUUCACCUAAAAGCAUUUUGCCUGAGUUUCAUGUUGGGGUAUUUAAAGACUUGGCGUCGGCUGAUGGUUUUUUAAGAGAAGCGGCUGCGCAAGCAUUGGUAACAGAGUUGUGGGAAGUUCAGAAAGCAUAUGAGAAGCUGGAAAAUAAGGACUUGGUUGAGGGUGGUUUGCAGUUGGAAGCUGAAAAGGAUGACGGUUUGAAUAAUUGCGCACCCUCUCUGCGAUAUGCCAUUCGAAGACUUAUUCGUGGUGUUUCUUCUUCUAGAGAGUGUGCAAGGCAAGGGUUUGCAUUGGGCUUGACUAUGCUAGUUGAGAGAAUCCAUGCCAUUAAAACUGACUCAUUGCUGAAACUUAUAGCUCAUUUGUUGGAGGUUUCUUCUUCAAUGAAGGGCCAGGAAGCAAGGGAUUGUCUCCUGGGUCGCUUAUUUGCUUAUGGUGCUCUUGCCCGUUCAGGAAGACUAACUGAAGAGUGGACUAUGAAUAAAGACAAUCCCUACAUCAAGGAAUUUACCAAUCAUCUUCUCUCCAUCGCUUCGAAGAAGCGAUACUUGCAAGAGCCAGCUGUAAUGGUUAUUUUGGAAUUGGUUGAACAGUUACCAAUGGAAGCGUUGUUGAAUCAUGUUCUCGAAGCUUCAGAUCUUAAAGAAUGGUUUGAAGGAGCCACAGAAGCAGGAAAUCCCGAUGCAUUACUUCUAGCUUUGAAAUUGCGUGAAAAAAUUUCUAUUGAUGUGAAGUUUGGAAAGCUUUUGCCAUGCCCAUUUAGUCCUACCAAGUUCUUUGCCCCUGACCAUUUGUCCUCUCUUGUUAAUUGCCUAAAGGAGUCCACCUUCUGUCAGCCUAGAGUUCACAGUUUGUGGCCUGCUUUGAUAAACACUCUCUUACCUGAUAUGGUUUUGCAAGAUGAAGAUGUUGCUUCAGGUUUAAGUUCCAUUAAGAAGCACAAGAAGAGUCGCAGGUGCAGCUCCUCUGAAGAAGACAUUGCCAAAAUAUUUCGGUGCUUUUGUGAAGUUAUUAUUGAAGGAUCCCUUCUUCUAUCAUCUCAUGAUCGUAAACAUUUGGCAUUUGAUGUUCUACUUCUUCUACUUCCUAGAGUGCCUGCAUCAUUUGUACCGAUUUUUUUGUCUUACAAACUAGUCCAGUGCCUUAUGGAUAUACUUUCGACGAAGGACUCUUGGCUGCAUAAAGUUGCUCAUUAUUUUCUUAAAGAACUGUUAGAUUGGGUUGGACAUGAUGAUGCCAGAAGAGUUGCUGUUAUUGUGGCCCUACAGAAGCACAGCAAUGGGAAAUUCGAUUGCAUUACACGGACAAAAACAGUCAAAGAUUUGGUGGCUGAGUUUAAAACAGAAUCUGGCUGCGUGUUGUUUAUUCAGAAUUUGAUGAGCUUGUUUGUUGAUGAAGGUCAUGCUUCGGAGGAGCCUUCAGAUCAGAGCCAGACAACAGAUGACAACUCAGAGAUAGGUUCGUUCGAGGACAAGGAUUCCAUUGGGCCAAUGGGAAAUUCUGAAUUUUUGAGAAGUUGGGUUAUAGAAUCCCUCCCCAGUAUUUUGAAAUAUUUGAAGCUGGACCCUGAAGCAAAGUUUCGGGUUCAGAAAGAAAUUUUGAAAUUUCUAGCUGUUCAGGGUUUGUUCUCUUCUUCUCUUGGCACUGAAGUGACAUCUUUCGAAUUACAGGAGAAGUUCAAGUGGCCAAAAACAGCCAGCUCAAGUGCUCUUUGCAGGAUGUGCAUUGAACAGCUACAACUGCUGCUGGCAAAUGCUCAAAAAGGAGGAGGGCCACUUGUGGCAUCAAAUGGCCUUGAACCAAAUGACCUUGGCUCGUACUUCAUGCGAUUUCUGAGCACAUUGUGCAGCAUUCCUUCAGUUUCAUUCUUUUGGACCUUGAAUAAUGAAGAUGAAACAGCUUUUAAACAAUUGCAAGCAAUGGAAACUAGGCUUUCUAGAGAGGAAAGGAGUUACGGACUCAGUUCAGAUGCUAAUAAAUUGCACGCAUUGAGGUAUUUGCUCAUUCAGUUGCUGCUGGAACUACUCCUUCGACCAGGGGAAUUCUCAGAAGCUGCCUUAGAGCUUAUUAUAUGUUGUAAGAAAGCUUUUGCAGCUCCUGAUCUCCUUGACUCGUCGGGGGAAGAUGAGUUGGAUGGUGAUGAGAUGCCUGCCUUAAUGGAUGUCCUUGUAGAUACCUUACUUUCAUUGCUGCCACAGUCAUCAGCUCCUAUGAGGUCUUCUAUUGAGCAGGUUUUCAGAUAUUUUUGUGAUGAUCUCACUGAUGACGGUCUGCUGAGGAUGUUGCGAGUCGUUAAGAGGGAUUUGAAACCAGCUAGGCAUCAGGAUGCAGAGAGUGAAGAUGGUGACGAUGAAGAAGAUUUUCUUGAUAUUGAGGAAGCAGAUGAAAGCGAUGAAGCUGAGACAGGUGAAGGUGGUGAGAGUGAUGAGCAGACAGAUGACUCUGAGGCUGUAUUGGGAGUUGAGGCUGCUGGCAACAAACUUCCUGAUGCUUCUGAUGAAUCUGAUGGGGGAAUGGAUGAUGAAGCAAUGUUUCGGAUGGAUUCUUAUCUCGCUCGAAUCUUUAAAGAGCGGAAAAACCAGGCUGGGGGUGAAACUGCUCAUUCCCAGCUCGUGCUCUUCAAACUCCGUGUCCUGUCAUUGCUGGAAAUAUACCUACAUGAAAACCCAGGCAAGCCCCAGGUUUUAACGGUGUACUCAAACUUGACUCAGGCAUUUGUUAGCCCCCAUACAACAGAAGCUAGUGAGCAACUUGAACAACGUAUUUGGGGGAUUUUACAGAAGAAAAUAUUUAAAGCAAAAGAAUAUCCAAUGUGUGAAGCUGUGCGACUUCCCACUCUUGAAUCUCUGCUGGAAAAGAACUUAAAGUUGGCAUCAAAACCAUUCAAAAAAAAGAAAUCUGCCAAUACCCCAUCCAAGAAAAAGCAGUCAGCCUCCUGGAACCGACACAAAAUGAUCGUCUCCCUUGCUCAGAAUUCAACAUAUUGGAUUUUAAAGAUCGUUGAUACGGGAAAUUUUUCUGAAUCUGAGCUGCAGAGGAUUUAUGAUACUUUCCAUGGUGUUUUGGUGGACUACUUUGACAGUAAAAAGUCUCAACUAAAGUCAGAGUUUUUAAAAGAAAUAUUUAGAAGGCGGCCGUGGAUUGGGCGCCAUUUCUUUGGCUUGCUUUUGGAGAAAUGUGGCAGUGCAAAAUCAGAGUUUCGGCGAGUUGAAGCUCUUGAUUUGGUUACUGAAAUAUUGAAGUCACAAGUUUCUUUAGGUACCACUGAAAGUGGCCAGGAUGGAUCAAGGAAAAUCUUGAAAAGCCACCUGCCAAAACUGUGUCACCUGAUAAAGGAGUUGGUGAUGCAAAUGCCUAAAAAGCCAGCAAGGCGGGUUGUCGUCCGGAAGUUCUGCAGCCGGAUAUUCCAGAUUGUGUCAACAUUUAACCUGAACAAGUCCUUCCUCAAAGAAUUGCCCCCUGAUGCUCAUGAUGCUUGUAAAUCUCAACUUGGGGAGGUUUUUCUUGCUCUGAAGAAGCCUGAAUGAUAGGGGUGCAGAAUCAAUUUUGCAGGAAAAUUUUUUAUAGAAUGCCUGAUUUAGAUUCUCAGGAAUCUUCGUUCAGUUGUGAAUGCAAGUUGCCAGCACCAAGCGCUUGAAGAUCCAACUGUUCUUUCUAACCAUUCCAACAUUUUGCUACUCUUAUGGGCGUAUAAUUUGUCUGCUGCUUAAGGGAUUGCACUGUUGUAAUCUUAAAAUUUUCAGUUUUCUUGGUAAUGUUUGUCUUCAUUGAUCAAUUUCUUUGAAGUUUUGUCAGCUGUGAUUUUUUGUUCUGGUUCAUCUAGAGAGAGUUUGAAGGAGGUUAAUUAUCUUGUCGGCUUCUGUAAAAGAAUAGAAAACGCUUAUAGAAAACAUAUUCUAAUGUUUUCCUGGUA